AGCGCAUCCUUGGCCCACGUCAAAUUUUUAAUCUAAAUCAUCAUUGAUAACACAUGAAUAAACAAAUAGCGGAAAAUGGAUAAUAAACCGUCGCUAAGCCAAUAUUUCGGCGGUGCGGAAGUGCCGCCCGCUUCCCAGUUUUUCGACGAAAUUGGCACAUCGCCGUCUGAUAUGAUACAGAGCAUAUAUUUAGGCGAUAACGAAGGCAGUCAAACAACAAACGCGAGUCUAUUUCCUCAAAAUAUGACUGCUUCUUUCACACAACAUCGCGCUGCUGAAGAAGUGACGUUUGCGAACGUUGUUCCCACUGUGAGUGGUUCUGCUGCAUUGCCAGCCACAAGUCUGCCGGAUCCUUCCACAUUUUUUGAUACCAUAGGCCCAGAACCUCAGAUAGUGCCUGUGAAGAGUGCCAUAGCCAGCCCUGCGUUGCUUACUGAUGCUAUGGACGGGCUCAGUAUUAAGAACCAACCAGUUGAUAAAGAGGCAGAUAGAAGGAGAGACGCAUGGAUACCAAACGAGGAAGCCAAGAAAACUUUAAUGAAGGCUCAAUCAUCCCCGAAGGGCUCCUUCUUUCCAGAAAGAGAAGUGCUUACAAUGCCUGGUUUAGUCCUGGAAGAAGAACUGGCUGACGCCCUCCAAGAAGUAGCAGUGAAGUACCUCGGGGUGAGCUGCGCGGGCAGCCGCGGGGUGGUGCGCGCCGAGCACGUGAGCCGCGACGAGGCGGGGCUGCGCGAGCUGCUGCGCACUGGCUACCUGCGCGCCGCUGUCAAUCUCACCGCUGUGCUCAUCAGCGCGGCUGGACAAGGCGUGGGUCGCCUCCACCGCCCGAGCAAGCACACGCCGCGUUCGCUGCAGUUGUGGCUCACACGAUUCGCUCUCAUGCUGAGGAUCAAACUGCACGAGCCACUGGCCAGAGAAGCGGAGCCGUUCGGAGACUGCUGCAAGCCGGACAUGUUCUACCAGUUCUACCCGGAGAUAUACGAGAAUAGGACCGGCUCUCUGGUGCCUUUCUCGCUGAGACUGCUGCUCGCCGAACUGCCGGGCCACCUCGGCAAGCCUGAAGAGGCUGUGGGACGACUUUACGCCAUGCUGGACGUCAUACAAACGAUGCUGUCGAACCUUCGAGAAGGCAAGACAGAAGUCGGGACGGGCACGAUCUCCUCGGAGCAGGACAAGACGGAGUCCAUAAGGCUCUGGACUGGGCGAGAGACGAGGGUGCUGCAUUCAAUCGCCAACUGUGCUAUGGCUAUGAAGGAGUACCGUCACGUGAGCAAGGUGCUGUCGUGGCUGCAGACGGCGGCGCCGAGCGCCGCCGCGCACGCCUUCCAGCGCGCCAGGGAACACCGACAUCUCAUGUUAGUCUCUACUCUCUACUCACACUCACGCGAGCAAGGUGUUGUGGUGGCUGCACACGGCGGCGCGGCGCGCGUGCUGGAGCGCGCUGAGCCGCGCGUGGCUGUGCGCCGGACACACGCGCGCCGCCGCGCACGCCUUCCAGCGCGCCAGGGAACACCGACAUCUCAUGUUAGUCUCUACUCUCUACUCACACUCACGCGAGCAAGGUGUUGUGGUGGCUGCACACGGCGGCGCGGCGCGCGUGCUGGAGCGCGCUGAGCCGCGCGUGGCUGUGCGCCGGACACACGCGCGCCGCCGCGCACGCCUUCCAGCGCGCCAGGGAACACCGACAUCUCAUGUUAGUCUCUACUCUCUACUCACACUCACGCGAGCAAGGUGUUGUGGUGGCUGCACACGGCGGCGCGGCGCGCGUGCUGGAGCGCGCUGAGCCGCGCGUGGCUGUGCGCCGGACACACGCGCGCCGCCGCGCACGCCUUCCAGCGCGCCAGGGAACACCGACAUCUCAUGUUAGUCUCUACUCUCUACUCACACUCACGCGAGCAAGGUGUUGUGGUGGCUGCACACGGCGGCGCGGCGCGCGUGCUGGAGCGCGCUGAGCCGCGCGUGGCUGUGCGCCGGACACACGCGCGCCGCCGCGCACGCCUUCCAGCGCGCCAGGGAACACCGACAUCUCAUGUUAGUCUCUACUCUCUACUCACACUCACGCGAGCAAGGUGUUGUGGUGGCUGCACACGGCGGCGCGGCGCGCGUGCUGGAGCGCGCUGAGCCGCGCGUGGCUGUGCGCCGGACACACGCGCGCCGCCGCGCACGCCUUCCAGCGCGCCAGGGAACACCGACAUCUCAUGUUAGUCUCUACUCUCUACUCACACUCACGCGAGCAAGGUGUUGUGGUGGCUGCACACGGCGGCGCGGCGCGCGUGCUGGAGCGCGCUGAGCCGCGCGUGGCUGUGCGCCGGACACACGCGCGCCGCCGCGCACGCCUUCCAGCGCGCCAGGGAACACCGACAUCUCAUGUUAGUCUCUACUCUCUACUCACACUCACGCGAGCAAGGUGUUGUGGUGGCUGCACACGGCGGCGCGGCGCGCGUGCUGGAGCGCGCUGAGCCGCGCGUGGCUGUGCGCCGGACACACGCGCGCCGCCGCGCACGCCUUCCAGCGCGCCAGGGAACACCGACAUCUCAUGUUAGUCUCUACUCUCUACUCACACUCACGCGAGCAAGGUGUUGUGGUGGCUGCACACGGCGGCGCGGCGCGCGUGCUGGAGCGCGCUGAGCCGCGCGUGGCUGUGCGCCGGACACACGCGCGCCGCCGCGCACGCCUUCCAGCGCGCCAGGGAACACCGACAUCUCAUGUUAGUCUCUACUCUCUACUCACACUCACGCGAGCAAGGUGUUGUGGUGGCUGCACACGGCGGCGCGGCGCGCGUGCUGGAGCGCGCUGAGCCGCGCGUGGCUGUGCGCCGGACACACGCGCGCCGCCGCGCACGCCUUCCAGCGCGCCAGGGAACACCGACAUCUCAUGUUAGUCUCUACUCUCUACUCACACUCACGCGAGCAAGGUGUUGUGGUGGCUGCACACGGCGGCGCGGCGCGCGUGCUGGAGCGCGCUGAGCCGCGCGUGGCUGUGCGCCGGACACACGCGCGCCGCCGCGCACGCCUUCCAGCGCGCCAGGGAACACCGACAUCUCAUGUUAGUCUCUACUCUCUACUCACACUCACGCGAGCAAGGUGUUGUGGUGGCUGCACACGGCGGCGCGGCGCGCGUGCUGGAGCGCGCUGAGCCGCGCGUGGCUGUGCGCCGGACACACGCGCGCCGCCGCGCACGCCUUCCAGCGCGCCAGGGAACACCGACAUCUCAUGUUAGUCUCUACUCUCUACUCACACUCACGCGAGCAAGGUGUUGUGGUGGCUGCACACGGCGGCGCGGCGCGCGUGCUGGAGCGCGCUGAGCCGCGCGUGGCUGUGCGCCGGACACACGCGCGCCGCCGCGCACGCCUUCCAGCGCGCCAGGGAACACCGACAUCUCAUGUUAGUCUCUACUCUCUACUCACACUCACGCGAGCAAGGUGUUGUGGUGGCUGCACACGGCGGCGCGGCGCGCGUGCUGGAGCGCGCUGAGCCGCGCGUGGCUGUGCGCCGGACACACGCGCGCCGCCGCGCACGCCUUCCAGCGCGCCAGGGAACACCGACAUCUCAUGUUAGUCUCUACUCUCUACUCACACUCACGCGAGCAAGGUGUUGUGGUGGCUGCACACGGCGGCGCGGCGCGCGUGCUGGAGCGCGCUGAGCCGCGCGUGGCUGUGCGCCGGACACACGCGCGCCGCCGCGCACGCCUUCCAGCGCGCCAGGGAACACCGACAUCUCAUGUUAGUCUCUACUCUCUACUCACACUCACGCGAGCAAGGUGUUGUGGUGGCUGCACACGGCGGCGCGGCGCGCGUGCUGGAGCGCGCUGAGCCGCGCGUGGCUGUGCGCCGGACACACGCGCGCCGCCGCGCACGCCUUCCAGCGCGCCAGGGAACACCGACAUCUCAUGUUAGUCUCUACUCUCUACUCACACUCACGCGAGCAAGGUGUUGUGGUGGCUGCACACGGCGGCGCGGCGCGCGUGCUGGAGCGCGCUGAGCCGCGCGUGGCUGUGCGCCGGACACACGCGCGCCGCCGCGCAC